AUGACUCGUCCGUUGCCGGUCAAAGCGCUUGCGCCGAACUCUGCGAGCGGGCGCUGGGAUUAUCUUUUUGAGCAGACCAAGCUUGCGCCUAGCACGUCCUCGUGGGCCCCACAUGAUGCGCCCAGGGAGCACGACAGAAGGGCAAAGUCACCCGAUAAGGCAGAGCCCUUUGACAGCAAGGAGAUCAGACAAGCUCGGCUGCUUCAAAGAGCUCGAGCGACGCAAGCUGUUGCUCGAGACGUGCUCGAACAGCCCGACGGAUUGAUCAGCCGGGAGGAUCCCAGGAUACGGACGGAAAUCCUGCUCCUCAUCGAACAGUACCUCAACGACCAAGGUCUCAAUGCUACAAAGGUUGUUCUGCACGAUGAAGCGGCACUGAAAGGCCGGGAACGAGAUGAGCGGACGAGUGAGUACAAGAGACUCAAGCGCUGUAUUCUCGAAGGCGACUGGGCAGAGGCUGAUCAGCUGCUCGGCAAGCCCAUGCUGCGCACGCAAAAGGCUCUCAUGUUCUGUGUGUUCAAGCAGCAAUUUCUCGAGCUCAUUGAACACCGGGAGACGCAAAAAGCGCUAAAUCUGUUGACAAAGCGUCUCAAACCUCUUGAGCAUUAUCAGAGCACGCCUAACGAGUUCAGAUCGCUUUCAUAUCUGCUCAGCGCCAAGUCGGUUCACGAGGAUCCCGCAGGCUCGUUCAGGGACUGGGAGGGCAUCUUACCAGGUCGCGAGAAGCUCGUGGCUCACUUCGGUCACAUGCUCGAGGUCGAAAAGCUCGCAAAGGACACGCAGACAUACAUCCCGUCUCGACGGUUAGAGGAGCUGCUUGAUCAGGCAGCGGCCUAUCAGAUCCAAUCAUGUCGUCAUCGUACUGCUAAGCCUCGGCUGACGAGCCUUUUGUACGACUAUACGUCAUUCAUCCUGCCCAACUCGCACAUGACAAGCGUUUCUGGGCAUACACAAAAUGUCAAAUGCGUUGCUUUCUUGGGCGAGUCUGGCGCCAACUUUGUCAGCGGCUCGAGCGACACGACGAUCAAGAUCUGGGACACUGACACUCUUGAGUGCAUAGAGACUUUCGUUCACGGCGGACGCAUCUGGAGCGUCGAUGCGUUCCAGAGUGCAAGCGUCAGCGUAUUAGCUAGUGCAGGUUCUGACAAAACUGUCAAGCUAUGGCAAGCCGGCUCUGCGACGCCGAUAUCAUGUUUGAACGGCCACCGUGGCGAUGUUUAUUCACUCGCAUUUCAUCCAGGCGGAGCCUCACAUAUAGUCACAGGAGGUUAUGACAAGGUCUUGAGACUGUUCGACUCGACUACUGCCGACAUCUUGAGGACCUUCUCCGGUCAUCUCUCAUCCGUCUCGUCAGUGGUCUUCAAUGGCAUGGGCAAUCUCAUCGUGUCUGGCUCAAAAGACUCUUCGGUGCGGGUCUGGGAUUGCGUGUCCGGUCUUUGCGUCAAAACGAUUAACCAGCACCUGGGCGAAGUGACUUCUGUCAGGUUGAGCGACGAUGGCAUCAGCAUGCUUUCCGCAUCGAAAGAUAAUACCAAUCGCCUCUGGGAUACUCGCAUGCUUCGCGCAUUGCCGCUCCGUCGCUUCAAAGGUCACUCAAACGUCGGUUCACGCAACUUUAUCCGCGCGUCCUUCCUGGGUAGCUCACUAGCGGACGGCACGAUGCUGGUUGCUUCGGGCUCAGAAGACGGCAGCAUCUACAUGUGGGAUGCAUCGAGAGGCGGUGAGCCCAAUACAGUCGAGACGCCCCUGCAAGCUCUCACGGGCGGCCAUCAAGGCGCUUGCUACCAGGCUGCUUGGAAUGCCAAGUCAUCGUUGCUGCUCUCGUGCGGUGACGAUGGCAACGUUGGCAUCUGGCAGUAUAGCCCAAAUGCGCAGUUCGAUUUCGAAUAA